CGCUGCUCCCGGAUUGCGUACAUCAUCGAACCGCCCUGGAGUUUGAUCCAGUAUUCGUACGUGAAGGCCGCGGUGCUAUCGACGAUCUACGAUCGACCAUGUGGUGAGUGCGAUGUUGAUAACUUUGUGAAUUCUUCAUUGCCGGAAAAGGGCGAUCAUCGGUGGCCUUCGACGAGUUCCACGACAUUGACCACGCCCAUGACUACCACUGAAAUUGUGAGAAGCACCGAGAGUACGACCACCGAAAUUGCAACGACUCUUUCGCCGCAAUCGGAAGAAUCCAACAACAUAACUAGUUUGAUGGAUGUUGAAGAAUUCUUCGAAGAUACCAAGCCCUACGAUGAAUCUACGGAAGGCGAAGAAGAACCGAUAUCGAUAGAGCAGGAUUUGGAACUUACCACAACUACAACGACUACCGGAGAUCCACCGACCCGGAUAUCGCAAGCGAUCAACAUCACCGAAGUCGAUUCCAGUGAAGGCGAUUAUGACGAUCCUUUUGCCAAUCUCACGGUCACCGGCCCUGAGCUCAUUUUGCCGCUGAAAAUCGUCAUCCCGGCGGUUCACAUCCACUACGAUCGACCCGAGGCAAACCAAACUUUCAACAAGUACGAAUACAUUGUGUUUCAAAGCGACAACCCGGCAGUCCAUCAACAUCAGAACGAUUCCGCUGCAACAGGCGACUCCAGCCAGCUCCGCGAAAUCCAGCUCGAAAACUCCGGCCCCAACAGUACCCUACGUGUCAUCGGGGUCGAUUGGCCGCUACAGCAGCUACGCGAAAUACUCAACACCAGUGCCAUCCUGUAUGACGAUCGGACGACCCAGGUCUACCGACGGCUUGGCCGCUACAAUGCGUCCAGCAUCGACGAGCUGGAGGAAGUUUCGGUCGGUAGCAAGUACGCUGCCUGGAAGCGGCACCAAGCGGAACAGGCCGAGAUGGCCAAAACCGAGAAGCGCAACUUCAUCCGGAAGCACUACGAGCGGCUGAUACAGUGGCUCAGCUGGCAGUUUGACAAAUCUUGAACAGGGAAACUGGGCGUUUCUUUCGACGAGUUUGCUUACAAACAGCUUAGAUUGUUUUUUUUAUUUUUAUUUUUUUUUUUUUUUGAAAGGUGGUCUAUCAUAAAUAUUGCUUAUAUUCGCUUGUAAACCCCAAUGAUAUGAUAUUUAUAAAAGCUACACCGUUGCGUAACCACGUGUCGGUAGCUCUGAAAAAAUGAUGAUAUUAGUAAAACAUGUUACAAAUAUAGCUAUAGGAAAUUAUUCUAGACACAAACAUUAGGUAGUUGUUUUAAUAAACACGUUCUCCGUAAUAA